AUGUUAUUAAAUGCAAUAUCAAAACUCUUGAGGCACCGUUGGACAUGGAGAGUGACGGGGUUUGUGUCAAGCAUUGUGGGGUUCUACUGCUACGCCCUGAGCCCCUCGUUACGAUACUUGAUGGGAGAAUGGAGCCUGGUGAAGAAAGUGGUGUACAGCUUGGUAAGCGCACUUGUGUGUACCUCCACGCUUCUCGUUCACAGGGACAGCUGCGCGUGGGCACGUGGGAGGGGUCCGUUUUUCAAAACACUGGUAGGUUUUGCAGCCUUGGUGAUUACCUCCGUCUUUUCCUUUUUGGAAGAUCGCAGUGAAGAAGGGAAGAAGGAAAGUGGGUAUGGCAAAACGAUGAACGUGAUUUCUGGUGCGGCAUUUGCCUCCAUGGCCAUGAGCUUCUCCAUGGAACUGGAACUUGGAUUCGAAGUUGGCGUCUCUAAUUUCAUGAUUGGGUGGUUCUUGGUGAGGGCCAUGAAGGUGAGGUUAAUGAUAGCUAUAGUUGCAACACUGUUCUGUUAUAUGCUUCUCAACCUCCGUUAUAUCCCUCGUAUCCUGCGCCCAGGGCCUCGUUAUGUACCUGGUUAUGAAGCUUAUUUCGAAGACUCGGCAUGA